UUUUCGGAUCACAUGUUUUUAGGCGAGAUUUUUUUAGGUUAUUCAAAUUAAGAUAUUUUUUCAUUAAAAAAUUAAAAAAUUGAUAAUUAUGAAUAUUCGAAAUUCAGCUUUUAAAUUAUUUCGUUAUAAUUUUCUGAUUGAACAAUUGAUCAUUCCGACACGGUAUAGACAUCGUAUUGUAUUUGAAAAUGAUCUACAGAAAAUUCGUAAUAUUGGAAUAUCAGCACAUAUUGAUAGUGGAAAAACAACGUUAACCGAAAGAAUACUUUACUAUUGUGGCCGUAUCGAUACAAUGCACGAAGUUCGUGGUAAAGAUAAUGUUGGUGCUAAAAUGGAUUCAAUGGAAUUAGAACGACAACGUGGUAUAACGAUUCAAUCGGCUGCUACAUAUGUUAAUUGGCAAGGUGCCAAUAUUAAUAUUAUUGAUACACCGGGACAUGUGGAUUUCACUGUUGAAGUGGAACGUGCUCUUCGAGUACUUGAUGGUGCUAUACUUGUACUUUGUGGUGUUGGUGGUGUUCAAUCACAAACAUUAACGGUUACAAGACAGAUGAGUCGUUAUAAAGUACCAUGUAUUGCAUUCAUUAAUAAACUUGACCGUACUGGUGCUAAUCCAAUACGCGUGAUUAAUCAGAUACGAAAAUCGAUUGGUUUUAAUGCAGCAUUCAUGAAUAUACCAAUUGGAUUGGAAGGAAAUCUUCGUGGUAUUGUCGAUUUAAUCGAACAGAAAUCCAUCUAUUAUGAAGGUUCAAAUGGUGAACAGACUCGUUAUGAUUGUAUACCAAAAGAAAUGGAAACCGAAGCAAAAGAAAAACGACAAGAACUAAUUGAAGCCAUAUCAAAUGUUGAUGAUUUUCUCGGUGAACUUUACCUAGAAGAAAGAACACCAACAAAUGAUGAAUUAAUGGCUGCCAUACGACGUCAAUGUAUACAACGCAAAUUUGUUCCUGUAUUUACCGGAAGUGCACUGAAAAACAAAGGAGUACAAACAAUGCUGGAAGGUGUUGUUGAUUUUCUACCCGAUCCAUCAGAAGUGAAGAAUUUUGCCUUCAUACAUAAAGAAGGUGAAGAUGAGCAACAACAACAACAAGUGGAAGCCCAUAAAAAAAUUCAAAUAAAACCAGAUCGUGAUGACAAAAAUGUAUUUAUUGGUUUAGCAUUCAAAUUGGAUGCAACAAAAUUUGGUCAAUUAACCUAUAUGCGUGUAUAUCAAGGCUGUAUACGUAAAGGUGAUCAUAUUUAUAAUUCACGAACGAAAAAAAAGGUUAAAGCAUCACGAUUAGUACGAAUGAAUGCUAAUGAAAUGGAAGAUAUUGAAGAAGCAUAUGCUGGUGAUAUCUGUGCAUUAUUCGGUAUAGAUUGUGCAUCCGGUGAUUCAUUUGUAAAUGAUAGAAAUUCUAAUCUAUCAAUGGAAUCGAUACAUGUUCCUGAACCGGUAAUAUCGAUGUCAAUAAAAACUAUGACGAAAGAUGCAAUGGAUCAAUUCUCAAAAGCUAUACAACGAUUUACGAAAGAAGAUCCAACAUUUCGUUGUCAAUGGAAUAAUGAUAGUAAAGAAAUGAUUGUCUCAGGAAUGGGGGAAUUACAUUUAGAAAUCUAUGGACAACGAAUGGAACGUGAAUAUAAUUGCCCGGUUGUGUUGGGAAAACCAAAAGUUGCUUUUCGUGAAACAUUACUUCGACCGGUUAAAUUUAAUUAUCUUCAUAAACGUCAAUCUGGUGGUGCCGGUCAAUAUGGUUGUGUUAUUGGUGUCCUAGAACCAUUGCCGAUAGAACAAAAUACGAAGAAUGUAUUUUCGGAUGAAACUUCUGGACCAAAUGUACCACGAUGGUUUGUACCGGCCAUUCGUAAAGGAUUCGAUGAAAUGUGUGAAAAAGGCCCAUUGAUUGGACAUAAAAUUACUGGUAUUCGAUUUCGACUACAGGAUGGUAAACAUCAUGUUGUCGAUUCAAAUGAUAUCGCUUUCCAGUUGGCCGCUCAAGGAGCAAUGAAACAAACAUUCGAUGAUGGUAGAUGGAUGGUGUUGGAACCGAUCAUGCAUGUCGAAGUGAGUGCACCAGCCGAAUAUCAAGGCGAAUUAAUCGGUUUGAUUACUCGACGUAAUGGCCUAUUACAAUCAACCAAUGAAGUGGAUAAUUAUUUUAUUGCCAAUUCUGAAGUACCAUUGAAUGAUAUGUUUGGCUUUGCAACCGAAUUACGAACUCUUACCCAAGGUAAAGGUGAAUAUACGAUGGAAUAUUCACGUUAUUCACCUACGCGUAAUGAUGUACAACAAAAUUUAAUAGAAAAAUAUCAACAAGAAUUGGCGGAAAAAUCAUCGCAACAAACGAAUAAGAUGAGCAAGAAAAAUUAAUUUCCCGUUAUAAUAAUCAUCAUUGAUAAAAUGUUUUUUUUUUGUUUCUCUGUACAUUGUACAUAUAAUAAUAAUUAGAUUCUGUUUUGUUAUAAAAUUUAAUGUUCAAUUUUCAAUAAAUAUGUGUCUGCUGCUAUCAAAUUGAUAUAGGAAAAAAAGUUGGCUAAAUGCCUUGAAUUACGAUUUUCUUUCUGAUCUCUGUUGUCAUCUCAUUUUGUAUCAUUAUGUGGCUGAAGCCAAAUGUUUAUUUUUAUAGUCAUUCAAUCUACGAAAAAAAAAAUUUGUUAAUUGUCAUCAUUUUUUCCUUGUUUGUUUUUGUU